AUGCCCGGCAUCAUUCAAGAGCCUUCGCUUGAGGGGCUCACGGUGAAAGAACUCCAUCCUACAUUUGGAGCCGAAAUCGAAGGGGUAAAUUUCGAGAGCCUCUCUCAAGCACAGUUUGCUGGGAUCAAGUCUGCCUUGGCUAAGUACGGCUUCGUCGUCUUCCGUCGCACCGGCCUCGACGAUGACACUCACGUCGCCUUCAGCAAGAAGCUAGGCGAGUUGGACAACAUCAAGCGCUACCUCACAGCAGGCCGCAAGCUCCGCUACGAGAACCUAGAGCUCUUUGACGCGGGCAACCUCGACGGCGAGGGCGAGAUCGUCCCGCCCGACAGCCCGCGCGCGCACUACAACAAGGGCAACGCGCUGUUCCACGUGGACAGCAGCUUUAACCCGCGGCGGGCGUCGUACUCGGCGCUGCGAGCGGUGGUCGUGCCGCCGGUGGGCGAGGGCGGAGAGACCGAGUUCGCGGACGCGCGGACGGCGUGGGAUGAUCUAGACCAGGAGACUCGGGCGCUGUUAUUAGGAGGCGAGGAUGGUGUGGGCUUGGUUGGCGGUCACUCCAUCAGCCACUCGCGGAAGAUAGCAAGCCCUGAGUUCUUCAAGGACCUCGAUGUUGAGAAGGCGUCGAUUAGUCUGCAUAGGUUGGCGCAGGUCCACGAGCCGUCGGAGAGGAUGAGUCUGUACGUGGGCGCACAUCUGCACCAUGUCGAGGGCCUGGAUAGGCAGGAGUCGGAUGAGCUGAUCAAGAAGUUGAACGACCAUGUUACUCAGCCUAAGUACGUUACUUCUGUGGGCUGGGAAAACCCUGGUGACUUGAUUAUCUGGGACAAUCGGGCAGUCUUACACAGGGCAACCGGAGGGUCGUUUGAGGGGAAAUACAAGAGGGACAUGAGGCGGACGACUGUGCACGAUGAUGGAAGUUAUGCUUAUGGGUUGAACGAUGUGAAUAAGGCGAUGCCUGGAUUCGAUUCGUGGUCAAAGCCCGGUGAGAACAAAACAGUCAGUACAUGA